CAUUACAUAAUGUUUGUUAUUUAUUAUUUAUUUUUAUUUUUAUGUGUACUAUACCUUGAACAGAUUGCUCUGACUUUCCUAAAUGGAUAACGUACAAGCUAGGUUCCAUGGAUUUCAAGAUUCUUUAAGGAAACCAUUAAUGCCAAUAAACAUUCUUUCAAUGAUGUUGGCUCAUUCGGGAAUGAAGCAAGGGGAUUUUAUUCAUAACUGAGUCAUUAGCUGUGUUUGAAAUCACCCCUAUAUCUUCAUUCACUAUUCACUAUUCUCUACUUUAAUCCACUAAUAUAGACGAUUUGAAAGAAUGAAUGAAAGUGAAUGAAUUAAUUAAGACACUGAAUGUGGCGGAAGGGCUGCUGAUAUAGUCUUCUAGCAAGAUGCGGAAAUUUAUUUAGAGUGUCUCUCAUGAGUUGCUGUUGGUUGUACAUGGGUUAUACAUUUGCUUUUGAGGUGCAUUAUAGGACUGAAUGAGUGCAUUUGACAAUGUUCACUACUACAUACAGUACUUAAAAUGGCAGUCCCAUCAACUUUGGGGGAUGACGGUCACUGAAUCAUCAAUCAUUUACUUCAAAAACUCUCAUUGACUCAUGAAUGAAACACCACUGCUGUGUGCUGCUCUGAGAACGGAACCCUUUAUUCUGUUUUGUCUUCGUUUGGAACCAUUUUUAUUGGUGGAGCAAAAAUAAACUAAAAUACAUGUUCCUCAAUAUUAACUUGAUUAUUGAACUGUUGUGUCUCCAUCUGAUGUUGUCCUCGAACAAUAGCAAUACAGCAUAAGUAGGAUCUUUUGAUCAUAGUGUUUUGAUAAUAGUCAUUACAUGCACACAGCCAGUAAUAAUUGUGAGAGACACACUGAACAUAAUGGGCCCUAUUUUUACGAUCUAAGAGCAUGGUCUAAUGUGCGUGACGCUGGUGCACUCAGGGAAUCCACUUUUGGUAGUUUAACAACAGGAAAACGGUCAACACACCCAGGCUCAUGCUCUAAGCGGGUUGUCCCUAUUCUCUUAAUGAGUAAUGGGUGUUUUUGGGACAUAAAGUGCAAUAAACCAGUCAGAAUCUCCCAUCCCCUUUAAAAACCAAUUGCACUUGUGCCAUGGCAGGUUAACAUGGUGGAAUGUCAUUUUUAAUUAUUAAAAAUGUUUGUGUGCUGCUGCGAAUCCCUGUGUAUAUAAUAAGUAAAGUGUAUCUGCAUUGAGCACCUGCCUAUAGGUGCAUAUUACUAACGCGCUCUUUAAAUAACAAAGAAAAAAUAUUGCACCAGACUUUGGACCAGGUUUGAGUUGGUCUUUGGCGCAAUCUAUUUUCACUUCCUCAAAAUAGCAACGCACCAACAGUGCGCCUGAACACAUCACUUUUUUUGACCAGCACGCCCAUUGGUGCACAAAUGGGAGCAAAUGCUUUCGCUAUUUAAACAACGUAGCGCAGGAUUGGAAAAAUGAGAACUGUGUCAGGCAAAAACUAGCAAAAACACUUGUGCCACGCCUUGCGAAUCAUUUAAGAUUGUGGUAACGUAGAGUAAUUCUUUAGAGCUUCUUUCCAUUCUAUACACAAAAUGUCAUAUUAUAAGUGCAACAUGUAAUAUUGGCAGCUAUCGGAUGAAAAUCUAUUGGUUGUAAUGGGUAUUGUAGUCCAAAUUCUAAAUAAUGGAUAUAAUUGUUUCUCCCGCCCCUCCUCUUCAGACUUAACCCUCACAUGGUUUACCAGACUAAGGACACAAAACAAGAAUGAGCACAACUGACAAUGGAAGGCGUCGAGCCAUUCACUCUCUAAAGAAGACAAGUGCUGCAUACUUCAACACAUCUACAUGGGAACACGUAACGUAAUUGUUUAAUAAUUGAUGAUUAAAGAGCAAACAUGUCUGAUGCCAUUUACGAUGAUGUCAUCAGAGCUGAGGACAUGAAGAGAGAUAGAGUGGAGAUGACAGUGGAUAUCUAUGAGAGUGCAGAUUCUGUCAGGGAUCAUGACUUCACGACAAAGACAAACAAACCCCCACAAACAAAAAAAGCCCCACCACAUCAGCAGACAGGAAGUGAUUCAGUGAAGAUCAGAAGCUCCAGAACAGCUGUAGUGUGUUUGGUUCUGCUGUGUGUUCUUUUGCUGACUGCAGUCAUAGUGCUGUGUGUCCACAUCUAUAAUAAGAGCACACACUGCACCAAACUCACAGAAGAAAGAAAUGGCAUAAUUAAUCAGCUUUCCAAUCUUGGAAAGCUUCUGAAAGAGGAUGAAUGGAUUUACUAUCAAUUCAGUUUUUACUAUAAGUCCAAUGAGAAGAAGAACUGGACUGAAAGCAGACGAGACUGUUUGAAGAAAGGAGCAGAUCUGAUCAUCAUAAACAACGGAACAGAACAAGAUUUUGUUAUGAAUAUUACUAAUAGAACAGAAUUCUGGAUUGGUGCAACUGACACUGAUGUGGAGGGAAGCUGGAAAUGGGUUGAUGGCAGCAACAUGACCUCUGGUUUCAGAUUCUGGGCAACCGGUGGAGAAGUAAACGAGCCAGGAGGAGGAAAAGAAGAGAACUGUGCUGUUUCUCAUUCAAUACAGUGGCCUAACAUAAAAGGGUGUCAUGAUGUUAAAUGUAAUGAUGCUUAUCACUGGAUCUGUGAGAAGAGUAUUAUACCUCUCAUACAGAGAGAAACAUCAUAAACAAAUUUUCUUCCCGUGUUUUUUUUUUUUUUUUUUUUUUUUUGCUGACCUUAUUAACAGUACCAAACAUUCAGAAUGAAUGAUUAUCAUCUAUAGCAUUGCUGCUGCUGAAGUGUCACCUUUGAAGCAAAUUGUAGAUCUAACCAAUAUUGUUUUUUGUAUCACUUAUAUGCUAUACCAGUUUUUAUUAAUAUUUAGUAUUUGUUUGCAUUUUUAUGUCUGUUUUCAUCUUAAUUUCAUUUAAAGUGUUAGCAGUUUUGUUGUGUUUUUAUUUUGUGACUUAAAGGCAAACUAAACACAAAAGAGAAACGUUGCUUUGGCAGCUAGCUGAAAUAAAAUACUUUAUUAAACACUUUAUUUGUAUAGUACACUACAGGCAUUCUACUAACUAUAAGUAACUUUGCAAAUGCAUGUUAACUAGCAGUCAUGGUAGCAGUCUGCCUAAUAUCUGCUAACACUAUUUUGAUGGUUCCCCAACACAUAUCCUUCUGAUAUAAGUAAAUUUCCAAGUACAUGUAAACUUAUUUUACUAACAAUAAUCUAACAGUUUUCUAAUACUCUAGUAGUUAUUCAAUUAUGCAGAUUAAAGGGCUAUUUUACAUGCACUGAAAAGUUAGUUAUAGUUAGUAAAAUAUCUUAAGUAAAAUGUCUUAAAUCAAAAUAAGAUGUCAAAAAUUUAAAUUAUAUAUAUCUCAUCAGUUGAUGUUUACUUAAUACAGUAACUAAAUACAGUCAUAUUGUUUUAUACAAAAACACAAAUGGUGCAAUCAUAGUGUACUUUUUAGAACACUAGCUCCAAGAUAAACCAAAUCAUUAAUUUGGUAAAAAAAAAAAACAAAAAAAAAACAUUAUACUGUUAAGAAAUUAUUGCGUAAAACACAUUUUACAGUUUUAUAGAAAUAGACCUUAUCAUGAGUAGAUUUUGCAACUCUCAAGAAGGCCUGUACUUUUCUGGGUCUAGCUUUAUUAAAUUUGCCAAAGCAGUAAUACAGAUCAGCUAUGUGUUGCACAUUCAAUAUCCAGUCUUGUAUCUGCAUUACUAAAGUUUAAGAAUUGUCUUCUUUGCUGCAGUAAAGCCUGAAAAGAUAAUAUUUUUGGCCCGGGUACAAAGAAGAGUUCAAGAGGCACAGAAGCAACUUUGAGUUAUGAGCUAAUACAAUAUUUCAAAUUAAAUCAAUAGCUUGUGUGUAAUUAGUUACUUCUUUCACAUCAUGUCCUUGCCACCCUAUCUGAGUUUAUUUUGCGAUACCACACAACUUUUUUUUUUGUUUGUUUGUUUUUUACAUAAUACAUGAUGCAGUAAAACCAAAAAAAACAAACAA